AUGGAGGACUCCAAUUCAUGUCUUAAAAGUGACAAUCUAUGCAAAGUAUGUGGGGACAAAGCCUCUGCUGUUCAGCACGAAAGAGCUCCAAGGUCCACUCAAAGCAAUCUGCACCAUUAUCCAUUGGGUUUGUCGGCAAGGUACAGGGCCUUGCACGGUUCAACGUUGUUCUCCAGUCUACCCAUGCAUCUACAGAAUCCUCCGAUGCUGGACACUCCUUUGAAUUCUUCAGCAGGAUUAUCCUCCCACUACUUGCAUCAAGCAUUUCUCAACACUGUCAACAUAACCAACAGAAGUGGAGUCAAAGAUGAUGAAGUAAGUAGUUCUGAGGAAAUAACACAGGAAAAAUGUACAAUGGAAGCUUCGCCCAGUGAUGACUCUAAAUCCCGUUUGGAAUUGCCCAUAAUCAACGAAAAUUGCAGACCUACGAGGCAAUUUGACUUGCCCAAUCUGGGCAUCUUCCCAGCUGAAAACAUUUACGAAUCGUCGGCAAAGUUGCUGUUUUUGGCCAUUAAGUGGGCUAGAUCUAUACCGUCUUUUCUUCAAUUAUCUUAUAGAGAUCAGUCUCUUCUCCUAGAAGAAAGUUGGAGGGAACUUUUUGUUUUAACAGCAGCCCAGUGGAUUCUUCCCAUUGAUGAAGAAUGCAGAGGUUUGUGUGAGCCGGCUCACGUUGAGCUCCUACAAGACCAAACUCACGUCAUGCUUCACGAAUACUGCGCGCAAAAACAAACGCACAGCAAAGGCAGGUUUGGCAAACUCCUGCUAUCUCUUCCUUCUGUUCAAUCGGUCUCCAGAAGAGGCCUAGAGGAGCUGCUCUUCAGACAAACCGUCGGAGAUGUCUCAAUCGAAAGACUUUUGGGCGAUUUGGCCAAAACUACGCAUUAA